AUAAUCCUAACACAGAACAGAGGAUUUCAUUCAGGACGCAUUUGGAGUCGCGCACUUUGACCAGAUGCCAGCAGCAUCAGAUCUGGCACAAAUUCAAUGAACCGCCCUUUACCUGGAUUCUGCAAUUAAUAAGAAAAUAAUAAUAAUUUUUAUAGUCUAGCAUUAAUAUAUGAAGAAUGGGCUGCGCAAUAUCAGGUCUGGCUGCAAAAGCGGAGUUUGGAGAGAGAAACACAGAUGCAGCCGCUUCUGCUGUUUGUCCCAGCGGGGAUCAAAUUCAGAUGAUCAAGGAGUCGUGGAAAGUUAUCCGGGACGAUAUAGCUAAAGUUGGAAUUAUUAUGUUCGUCAGGUUGUUUGAGACCCAUCCUGAAUGUAAGGACGUCUUCUUCCUGUUUCGAGACGUGGAGGACCUGGAGAGGUUACGGACCAGCCGGGAACUAAGAGCACACGGCUUACGGGUGAUGUCUUUUAUCGAGAAAAGUGUGGCUAGACUGGACCAGCUGGACAGACUGGAAGCUCUGGCUCUGGAGCUAGGAAAAAGCCAUUAUCAUUACAACGCCCCUCCUAAGUACUACAGUUACGUCGGCGCAGAAUUCAUCAGCGCCGUGCAGCCAAUCCUGAAGGAGAGGUGGACGGCCGAGCUAGAGGAGGCAUGGAAGACCAUGUUCCAGUAUGUGACGGGCCUCAUGAGGCAGGGAUACCAAGAGGAGAGCAAGCGGCAGCACCUCCUUACCCUCUCCCCAAAGGACAGGCCAGAGAAGAGCAACACGGCGCUAUGAGACGCUUCUCCUCUCGACCAAAUAUCAAGACUGUUUUACCAGUUCUGCACAGAAAUGUGUUUGUGUAUAUAGUGUAUUUAUUGUCUUCUUUUCUACAUCACUCAUGUUCACCACAGUCAUUGUUUCCUACUGUAUCACGACCAACAACAAAAGUUCAAUGACUUUUAACAAAGCACUUUAUUGCUGAACUUAAAUUCCUCUGCAGGAUUCAGGAGGAUGACGAGACAAUACAAAGGGUUGACAAAAUAUACUGGCUGCACUUAAACCUGCCUUGUGAUAAAAAAAAGAAAUGACCUUAUAGAAUUACAGCCGAUACUUUGUCUCUGUAUUCAUAACUCAAAUAUGCUUUUCAGUAAAUCCACGAGUUUGAA